GUGUAAUUAUUCACACUUAACAAUCAAUGUCUGAUAUUCUUGCUCAACUCAGUUGAUUGAUUGACUUUUCUAUUAUAUUUAGUGAGGUGCCGAGAAUGUCUGUAGUGCCGUACAACCCAAAUAAUAAGAUUGUUUAUCAUGACCCCACACAUGGAAUUUUAGUACUUCAUAAUAACCAACAAAAUACCUUCCAACUCUUAUCGACGAGUCACACAGCUUCAGAAGGCAAUAGAUACCUGUCGCAUAGCAACGUUCAUAAUAAUACCUGUCCUAAUUGUGGGUUUGCAUGGGAUUACCAGAAUUAUAGGAAGGAUCAAUAUCCGAGAAGACCAAGCGCUGGAGACCUGCAGCAGCUCUCCGAACCAGAUGGUGCCACUGGCACAUCUCAGCCAUUGUCGAAUGGCCUUCCUGUGGAUUUCAGAUCCAAUUCAGGGGAUGGAUUCAUGCAUCAUGAUUAUUUUAAACUCUUGGAAAACCUCCCUCAUCAUGUAAAGUUCAAGCUUGGUUCAGCAUUACAAAAUGACACGUGCCUACCUGAAAACAUAUUUAACCAAGGAUACUUCCAACGGUUUUUCAAGAAAGUUCCUCCAUUCACCUUGGGGACUGGUGCACAUGCUCAAGUGUAUAAGGUUAUUCAUGUGCUUAAUGAGAUCAGAUUGGGAACGUAUGCCGUGAAAAGAAUAUGUAUUGGAGAUAAGGUUGAGUUUCUUGAACAGGUUUUAAAUGAAGUAAUGAUACUUUAUGAACUUUCGGUUCAAGGUGCUAAUGAAAACAAUUUGAUUAGAUACAACCAUGUUUGGUUGGAGAUGGGUGAUCUCGAUGACCUGCUGACCUUUAUCAUUCCCGAUUAUAAUGGACGUACUUCAGGAAGUUCUAGAAAUGAUAAAGUUCCAUAUGUGUUUAUCCUCCAACAGUACUGUGAUGGGGGACAUUUAGAAGAUUUGAUAUAUGAUAAUUUCCUCCCUGAAAAGCGUCAGUCUAUGAAGGAACGAGUUGAUAUUGAACGAGAAAAACGACGCCGACGUAGUCGUAGUAGAUCUAAAGUGGAUAGAGAUUUGUUUCAGGAUGAAGAGCUCCCCUUUCAUAGAGAAUGGCUAGAUGAUAUAGAAAUUUGGAAGUUUAUCAAAGAUGUUGUUAAUGGAGUUCAUUAUUUGCAUUUGCAUGGAAUUUUGCAUAGAGAUUUAAAACCUUCAAACUGUUUACUUGAUGAAAAAUAUAAAUAUUUCCCUACAAAUAAAAUAUGGGAUGAUGAUGAUUUUGAAUUAUACAUUCAGAAUCUUCCAAAAGUGUUAGUUUCUGAUUUCGGGGAAGGGAAAUAUAUCAAUAAACAUAAACAAUUCACUGAAGAUAGUGAGUUCAAUAUGUCUACUUCCAUAAACAAUAUGCAUUCUACUGAAAGAUGUGGUAAUACUGGAACUUUAGAGUUCACUGCCCCUGAAUUGUGGCUCUAUUCGAAUUAUGAAAGACCUGAUUUAGAGGGAUUACAAAGUCAAAAGUUUACAAAUGAAUUCACAUAUGAAAGUGAUAUAUAUUCUUUGGGUUUAAUAUUGUGUUGGUUGUGUGUUGGAUCCUUACCCUUUUCAAAUCUUAUUGAAAACGAAGUUGAUCCACUUGUGAUUAGAUCAAAAAUUCUUGAUUGGUAUUUUGUGUUGGACCAAAAUUCAUUCAAUGAUUGGUUCAACGAAGCCUUGGGUACUCGUACAAAAACAAGAACUUUAAAUGAAUUUAGAAAUUUGAUUUACUUGAUGAUUAAAGGGUCUGACUCGGAACCAAUAUCUCGAGUGUUAACAGGAAAAAUUAUAUCCAUGCUAAAUGAAAUGAAGAAAAACUUUAUAUAUCAAGAUCAGGAGAAACAGGAAAGGAAGAAAAAGGGUAAACAACCAAUUAAAACCACAUCAAAUAAAAUUUCUCCUAAAGUAUUAAAUAUUCUGAUCUAUGGUGGUUAUUUCUUUUCAUACUUAGUAUCCGAAUAUAUCGUAAUUCGAAAUUUCUGGCUACUGAUAUUUUUGAAAUUGCUAAUCUUUGGUAAUAUUGGGUAUGAUCUUUUUUGGGUUCCAAAAAUGACUCAAAGGGGUGCUAUAAUGAUGGCUAUGUUAAGUGUGUGUAUAGGUAGUGCUAUUUUGGGAUAGUAAUUUCAAAAAAAUGUUGUCUGUAUUUUUUUU